GGACAGAGUCUGCGGCGUGUAGGAUAUUUUGGCACAGACGGAGUAGAGGGAGAGGGCAGGAAAAAAAAGCGAGGAGGGUGUGGGUGUAGGGGGACGGAGGAGGGUGUGUGGGGAUGGGGAAAGGUGUGCUGAAAAAAGCGAAGGCAGGACAGGAGGACGGCGCCUGGCGUAGAGAGGGAGGCGACCAAGGAAGGAAGAUGGUGUUACUGGUGAAGAACGGGCAAGCAAGGGCAGGCCAGGGCCAGGAUCGAGGGGUAGGGGCGAUUUGGCGCAGACGGGCCCAGGGCUGCAACUGCCUAUGCCCCUGCAACGGCAACGGCAAUAACGAGCCAGCCGGCGUCCAGGAGUUAUUUCCUCCUCUGGGCCUUCCGCUCGUGUGUUUCUGCUCUCUGUCUGUCCGGCUGGCCUUUCGGCACGCCCUCCGGCGGGCGUUCCGGCGGGCGGACGAACUCCAGCUCGGGAUCCCCUGGGUGCCCCCCUCCGGCGCAUGGCCCGUUGCUCUUGCCCUGUCUCGCUGCCCCGGUUUGCUGGAGCAGUUGAAAGAUGAGGGAAAAAGGAAAAAAAAAAAAGAGCAGCAAGCGGGCGGCCGCACGCACGCACGCUGGCCAAAGCGGGCACUAUAAGCCGCCGCGCAGCGGUCUAGUCGCCCGUCUGUGGCAGCGGCUCGCCAAUCGCGCGCCAAUCGUUCGCCCGAUGCGGAAAUAUGCCCCUUCGGGAUAGUGCACACACAGGCGCAACGGUUCUGGUGCAGACAGCCGCGCGCGCUCACGCCGCGGGAAUCUAGACCGCCUGACGGCCGCCCCGCCUGGGAUCCCGGCCGGCCUUUGCGGCUGCAGCAGUGCUUACCGCAUUAGUGGAGUAUAGUCUAGCGCAGUGUUGUAUGCGGGGUGUGCGGGUGUGCGGGUGCACGGGUGUGCGGGUGCACGGGUGGACUGCUCCCUUUUGUCCCCCUGCAGGAGGC